UCCCCCUUCACUUGCUCCUGCCUGUCAAUUCAAGAAGCCAGUCAACUUUAGGGACGCGGCUGAAGACAUUGCUCAUUUCAGUUAAGAGGACAACACCUCUCUCCCACGCAGGUGAACUUUAAAGUCCUUUUUUCCUAACUCCUUUGCUCUAUUAAACUCCAAAACAUGGAUAACGCUUUCAAAAACAUCUCUUUUUCUGAGGAUACCUCGGGCUAUGAGAACUUCACAGACGACUGGACAUCAGAUGGAGGGGAAACAGUGCAUUUCAUCAUUCGAUGCCUUAUCCCGUCGGUGUAUAUACUUAUAAUAACGGUUGGUUUGCUGGGUAACAUCACACUUGUGAAAAUAUUCAUCACCACCAGCGCGAUGCGAAGUGUGCCCAACAUUUUCAUUUCCAGCUUGGCCGUGGGAGAUCUUUUGCUUUUGGUCACUUGUGUGCCAGUGGACGCGUUCCGGUAUUUCUAUGAAGAGUGGAUCUUUGGAACAGUCGCUUGUAAGAUGAUCCCGGUGAUUCAGCUCACCUCGGUCGGAGUCUCCGUGUUCACUCUGACGGCACUAAGCGCAGACAGACACAAAGCCAUUGUGAACCCUAUGGACAUCCAGACCUCCAGUGCAGUAUUCUGGACCUGCUUGAAGGCCAUCACUAUAUGGGUUGUCUCAGUGCUGCUGGCUAUCCCCGAGGCUGUCUUCUCGCAGGUGGUUCAUAUGCCAGACAAGAAUAUGACAUUUACUGCCUGUGUGCCAUAUCCACUCUCCAAUGAGAUGCAUCCUAAGAUACACUCAAUUAUGAUAUUCCUCGUCUACUUCCUCAUCCCUCUGAUCAUUAUCUCUGUCUACUACUACCACAUUGCUAGGACACUUAUCAAGAGUGCUCACGAUAUGCCGGGUGAGAUUAGUGAGCACUCCAAAAGACAGACAGAAACAAGGAAGCGUCUAGCCAAAAUUGUUCUGGUGUUCGUGGGCCUUUUUGCACUGUGCUGGUUCCCCAACCAUGUUCUCUACAUGUACCGGUCCUUCAACUAUCGGCAGAUCGACUCUUCGCUAUCACACCUCAUCAUCACGCUUGUGGCGCGCGUCUUAAGCUUCUCUAGCUCCUGCGUUAACCCUUUUGCCCUGUAUCUGUUGAGUGAGAGCUUCCGAAGGCACUUCAACAACCAGCUGAUGUGCAGGCAGCGCAAAUACGAGGAGCGCAACACCAGCUACCUCCAGAGCACCUCUGCUAUUCGUAUGACCUCCAUCAGGAAGAGUACACCCGCUGCAGCCAACGGACACGGCCAAAAAAUGGGAGUCUGCAUUUAGCAUCUAUUCUCAGAACUGUGGUUUACUAAGACCCAGAAGGAAUGGUGACUUGCAUUUAAGUUUGAUUAAAGCAUUUGGUGACCCUGCUUGGUAAAGGGGAUGGUUAUUGAAGCAGGGAAGACAGAAGAAUUGCAGUUGUAAAUAUUGCAUGCAUGUUUUUUCAACAGUUACAGCUUUGCUAGAGCCUGCGAAGGAAAUUUGCUUUAUUUCUGAAACAUUAUUCUUAUUACAACCGGAAUGGAAUGGAUAUACCAAUGAUUAAAGGACUAAUUUCAUUUCUCCUGAACCCAAAUACAUUUUCUGUCUGUAUUAUAUAUCAAAUCUGUACAAAAUAUUGGAAUCAGAGUUUCCAUUAUUGUGUCAAUGUAAGAUUGCAUGUUUGCUUUUCAGAUUAAUCAUAUUUCCAUUUUCACCCUAGGCUUUGGCUCCAGCCAAAUGAUUAAAACUUAACGUUUAUCGAUGGGAAGUGCACUUACUACAGUAAUUGAAUGUUUUGUGAACAAAGUAAGCAGUUUUGAUUUCACCAAUGGAAUUAAACAGAGAGUUUAUUGUCAAGAAUAUUAUGGAGAUACUCCUACAAUCAUCUACUUUGCCUAUGGUCGCAUUCUGUUUCUCAUACAAACACAUUAUAUUCAAUUUAGGAGCAACAGGAGCAUAGACAUGGCUCUUUCCAGUGAAUGUUAAUGCCUACGAUGAUAGAUCAGACAGGUCGCACAAUCAAGGGUAAACUGUGGUGAUUUGAUUAAUAUAUGCAUAAAGAGAUUAGGAUUCGACAUGAAUUUCAAUUUCUCAGACAUAAUUCCCUGUGCCUUUCAAUAGGCUAUGUAAGUCAUAGAGAUACCAAGAAAAAAAAAAAAAGAAUAAAUAGCACCAAUAGCAGCUGCAUACGCUUUAGAUUCAAAAUAUAUACUGUAUUAUCUUCUUUAUCAUUGCAUUACAUCAUUGUUUUAUGACUGCUGAGAACAUCGGAAAUUAAUGUAUUUGUUAUGGAGUGCGCUGUGUUCAUAUCAAUUGGUGUGGAAUAAUAAUUCAGUUGUGAGUUGAAAACAUUGCCUACAUCUGCAGUUGUGACAUCAGAAAACAAGACUGUAAAUUCAACAGGCAGCCAAUCUUUAAGCUAGGUUUUGAAACUUUCUUGAGGUCCCAAAACGGCAAAGAAGCAGCAUCUAACCUUGACAUGAUUUCAUUUCCUAAGUUUAGUGAUCUCAGUACCUUGUAGUCCCACAGUAGAAUCUAAUUAAUAUUUUUAAAUAAGCACUGAUCAUAUGCAUCAAACAGUGAUGAGCACCAUUCAGAACUAAAUUUAAAAUAUUAAUCACAGAAAACAGUAAAUAGCAGUUUUACAGCAUCUCAAACUGAAGUGAAAAGGCUGGAGCGUCAAACUUUCCUCCUCAAGCACUGAUUGACUGUUCCACAGAAGCAGGAUCAAAAUGUAAUUCAGGAUGAUUGAUUAAACAGGCUCUGUACCCAUUUCCCAUGUACUUUAUUGGUUUUCACUGUGAGAGUAAAUUAAACAUAUGGAUUAACUUAAAUAGCACUGCUAUAUUGGAUCAAGCAAAGUUCAACCAAAUUGGUCAAUUAUCUCUUAAGGGAUACAUGCAAAAAUAGCAGUAAAAGGAUAAGAGCAAUCCAUAAGAUAAUAAAUAAAUGUAGGACUGCUGAGAUAAUUCAUACUUUGCAGUUAUCUGUGUACAGUGAUUGACGUGACUAGUUGUUAAUUUGAAGUUCUACAUUAAGCAUUGCUUUCAUAAACAAUAAGGAUUAGUGGUCAACAGAAAUGGGGUUUCAAUGGCCAAUAUACUGUAAUAUAUAGAGAGCAGGAUAGCCAGUGGAUAAUAAAAUGCCAAAAAAUGCAAUUUAAUGAUAGCAAAUAGGACACUUAUUUUAAACAAUAUUGACAAAAAAAUUCAAUAAAGUAUGUUUGAGAACAUAAAAUGUGCACUAUCCAUUGACAAAGCUGUCAGUAGAUUUUGGAACUGACUGACACUAGUGACCACUUCUGUUAAUCAGACAAUCAGGUACAAUUAUAGGCAGAUGCCGACAAUCUCAAAAUGGCGAAAUGGAGUUAUAUGGAUGCAUUUCUCAUUAUACACUGUCAGACCAAAAGGUGCAAAAGUUGUACCUUUAGGGGUACAAAAGCUUGUCACUAAUGCAGUACCCUCAAUGGUACACCCACUGUGCCUUCUUUACACCUUAAGAUAGUAUUAUAUACCUUUUUGGGACAGAUAAAAUACAAAUACUGUACUUUUCGACUGACACGUAAAGGGUACAGUGGGUGAUCCUUUGAGUGUAUUGCUGUGACAAGCUGUUGUACCACAGAAGGUACCAUUUUUGCUAUUGUUUUCUAACACUGUAAUCAUGUCAACUCCUGUAACAGUGAAAUAAUGUCAGUUUUGGUAAGAUAGGCCUUGUGCUUCAACAUUUUCUUGAAAACUUUGGAGCCACUAUGACUCUGACAAAUGACCUCACAACAGAGUGGUUUAUUAUAUCCAAACGAAUAUCAAUUGCAAAAGUUAUGCGAUGAUUUUGUUCUCCAUGUAUUGUUAGUGUGCAGUUAAAUAACCUGACAGAUAGAUGUUACUAACUGGAACUGAGGAACUUUAUGAAGCUCAUUUAUGUAUUCUAAUGCCAUACUCACUGGCUCAGAACUAACUUCUGAUUUUCUGAUUAGACUGUUAUCUGCUUUUUACCUUUCCUUUCUCUUUUUUGAUAGAGAAAAUACAGGCAGAUGGGGACACAGAUUUGUAUUUGUAUUUUUUUUCAAACAGUGGCUAAAAAUACACCGCCUAGAAAUGCACAACCUAGGAAUGAUAGAUAGGCACUUUAACAUGAGGCCAUAGGGUCAGAGCCUCCUCUGCUCUUAAAUAGAAAGAGAGGGUUUAUUUUAUUUUAUUUUGGUUAUAGUUCAAAGCACAGGUAUGGUUGGAUAUUAGACAUCUUAUCUAAUAUAAAUUCAAACAUGCAAACUGACUAUAACAGUGAACGGCUCUGACUGUCUUUAAAAUCACAUCAGGCCCUUUUAAUUAAAUAGUACUGCUGCAUGACUCAAGGAGGAAUCUAAACAUAAUUUUUACACCCACUUACCUUUCUCACCAACUUUAUAAAAAAACUUGAUUAAAAAAAAUAUUAAGAUUUUCUUUUUUAAUUCAAGAGUUCACUCCAUCAUGGCCAGCCCUAGCAUUUUGGGGGCCCUAAGCAGAUUUUCAAAAUGGGGCCCCCCUAUAAAUUGUGCAAAUAAACAAGUCUAUUUAUUUAAAAGCAUAAUGCUUAAAAAUUAUCAAUUGUAGUUCAUCAUUCAGGUAUAACUACUUCAGAAGUACAAAAAACGGCAACCACACAUCAUAUACACAAAUUAAUAAAUAUAUUUAAUGAAAUUCUGAGCAAAUGAAUAAGAAAGAAUUAAAUUACCAAAUUAAGGUAUGGUACAGAACAAUUGCUGUAAAUAGUGGCAUAUGGUAUUUGCACCCUGGUGUAUAAUAAAACAGUAUAUAAUCUAAUAAGUAGGCAAUUGUGAUGGAACUUAACUAAAUCGCUGGCAGCGGGAAAAACAAACCUGAUGGGCCACAUCAUGGCACCCCAUCACUGUUGUCUUUAAAUGCUGAGAGCGGCUUUAGAGAGAGCGGUCUCUUCAGGUCCAGGAAACGUGUUACCGCGACCUAAAUUCGGCUGGCCUGUGAGAUGCCGAGCUGCUACAAAAAGCCGCCAACCACACGUUUCAGACUGGGAAAGGCGUGCGUGUGCCUGUCCACCCCUUCUCUGCACUGCCUAACCUUUAGUGAUCAUGACGAAAAUGCUGCAUUUAUUUUCAGUGAUAUCACGGUCCCCUUAGACACUUUGCGUUAUUUUUUAUUUAAAAUAAGUGACUUUCUGAUGGCGUGUACUGUAUAUCUUUACUUACAUAGAUUGAUUAUGGGGAAAUACUAAAAUUGGCUGAAGGUGGACUCAAACCCAGAUUGCCCAUACAACUACCCUGCUGUCUUAUUAAUGUCCCCACAUCAGGUCUUAGGCCGAGAGAGGUCAAAUUCACAUACUUAUGUCUCCAUGUCUUUUCUUCAAAGCUUUUUUAAUAGUUUUGACAGUUUCCAUCAGACUAUUGGCAUGCAUAUAGCUGGUCUGUGCACCUAGUGCUCUUUUCACUUAUUGCAAAUAAUUAUAUGGCUAUACUAAACCAGUGGUAGGGGAGCCCCUGGUGGCAGCGGAGGCCCUAUACAGCCGCAUAUUCCGCUUAUUAGGCAGGGCCGGCUCUGUACUCCAUGGACUGAUAUAUAAUGAAAUGUUAGUUGUUUUUACAAUGUGCAGGUUUCCUAAUUAUUUCUUGUAUUUGAAAAAUACAAAAACACAAAAAAACAGCCGCUCUGCAAAUUCUGUCCAUUUUACAGACCAUAAUCUGUUCAGUAACAGAUACAGUUAACCUUAUUAUUAAUAACAUUGCUGAUGAGUCACUUGAAAGCCACAUGUUAGGAAAUUUGGAGACAUAUUUUAUCACCAUCUCCCAGAUUGGAAUAGCAAUUUCACUUUAUUUGCCACACAGCAAAGUGGGAAUAAAAUAAUUGAUGCCAAUAAUUGUUUAUCAAAUAUAAAUCAGUGAAAAAUAUAAAAAGGCAAAGUACUGCUGCAUUAGAGUUUAAAACCAUGAUAAGACUGAGCAGACUGUAAG